GGGCGCCGAGGCGGGGGCCUCCGGAAAAACGCCCCAACUUCCUGCCCCGCCGAGCCAGGAAGCGGGAGCCGGGACACAGGGCCGGGAUCGCCGAGCCCGACCUCGGGCGCCCCGCCGGCCACCUCCCCGCGUCGACACCAGCCCUGAAGAGCCCUGGAGAUGGAAGACGUCGCCCCUCAGGCGGCCAUAGGGCUCCGCCGGCCUGGCUUGGUGCCUGUCAGCAUCAUCGGGGCUGAGGAUGAAGAUUUUGAGAAUGAACUGGAGACGCACUCAGAGGAGCGGAACAGCCAGUUCCAGAGCUUGGAGCAGGUGAAGCAGCGCCCAGCUCACCUCAUGGCCCUCCUGCAUCAUGUGGCCCUGCAGUUCGAGCCAGGACCCCUGCUUUGCUGCCUGCAUGCGGACAUGCUCUGCUCCCUGGGCCCCAAGGAGGCCAAGAAGGCUUUUGUUGACUUCUACCACAGCUUCCUGGACAAGACUGCGGUUCUGCGGGUACCAGUCCCUUCCAGCGUUGCCUUUGAACUCGACCGCACACGGCCUGAUCUCAUCUCUGAGGACCUCCAGCGGCGGUUCACACAGGAGGUGGUACAGUUCCAGCAAGCAGCUGUGAGCCGGCAGCUGGAGGACUUCCGCUCCAAGCGGCUCAUGGGCAUGACACUCUGGGAGCAGGACCUGUCCCAGCUAGAGGCCUGGGUCGGGCGUGACAGAGCCAGCUAUGAGGCCCGAGAACGGCACGUGGCCGAACGGCUGCUGAGCCACCUGGAGGAGAUGCAACACACCAUCUCUAGUGAUGAAGACAAGAGUGCUGCUGUGGUCACCGCCAUCAGCCUAUACAUGCGCCACCUUGGGGUCCGGACCAAAAGCGGGGAUAAGAAAUCAGGGAGGAACUUCUUCCGGAAAAAGGUGAUGGGGAACCGGCGGUCAGAUGAGCCUCCCAAGACCAAGAAAGGACUGAGCAGUAUCCUAGAUGCUGCCCGAUGGAACCGGGGAGAGAACCAGGCUCCAGAUUUUCGACACUUCAAAAGUGAGGUUGAUGCUGACAGACCAGGCCCUAUAGACCGGAAAGGAGGCCUGGGGGUCUCGUCUCGGGACCGGAAUGUAGGGGGUCCUGGCCAGGACACCUCUGGAGUGUCUCUGAACUCUCUUUCUGGGGAUAGCUCAGACCGGGAACCUGGUGUGGAUGCCCCUCUGGAACUGGGGGACCCGCCCCCUCAGGGCCCGAUGAGCCUGGAAUCUUUGGUGCCCCCGGAGAGCACAGAGGAGGGUGCUGAGACAGAGAGGCUUUCGGGGCGUCUGGGGCGCUCAGAGAGCCUGCGGGUGAGUGACCGCCGCCGGCCUUCCCGGGGCAGCCUCGGGGCUAAGGGCCGGGGUGGGGGCCGCUCCCGGAGCGACGUGGACAUGGACCCCAGCUCCGCCACGGCCGUGCUUGGCCCUGCCCGACGAGCCACUCCGGAGCCUGGAGAUGAAGGGGAGCCAGGGCGGUCAGGACUGGAGCUGGAACCAGAAGAGCCCCCUGGCUGGCGGGAGCUCGUCCCUCCAGACACUCUGCUCAGUCUGCCUAAGAGCCAGGUGAAACGGCAGGAGGUCAUCAGCGAGCUGCUGGUGACAGAGGCGGCACAUGUGCGCAUGCUGCGGGUGCUGCACGACCUCUUCUACCAGCCCAUUGCAGAAGGACGUUUCUUCUUCCUGGACGAUCUGCAGAACAUCUUCCCCAGCUUGGAUGAGCUCAUUGAGGUGCACUCCCUAUUCCUUGAUCGUCUGAUGAAGCGGAGACAGGAAAGUGGCUACCUUAUUGAGGAGAUUGGAGAUGUGCUGCUGGCCCGGUUUGAUGGUGCUGAGGGCUCCUGGUUCCAGAAAAUCUCCUCCCGCUUCUGCAGCCGCCAGUCAUUUGCCUUAGAGCAGCUCAAAGCCAAACAGCGGAAGGAGCCUCGCUUCUGUGCGUUCGUGCAGGAGGCCGAGAGCCGCCCGAGGUGCCGCCGCCUGCAGCUGAAGGACAUGAUCCCCACCGAGAUGCAGCGGCUGACCAAAUAUCCCUUGCUGCUGCAGAGCAUCGGGCAGAACACAGAAGAGCCCACUGAGCGAGAGAAAGUGGAAAAGGCAGCCGAGUGCUGCCGGCUGAUCCUGCAACACGUCAACCAAGCUGUGCGUGACUCGGAGGACAUGCUGCGGCUCAGGGAUUAUCAGCGGCGCCUAGACUUGUCCCACAUACGGCAGAGCAAUGACCCCAUGCUGAGCGAAUUCAAGAACCUAGACAUCACCAGGAAGAAGUUGGUCCAUGAGGGCCCACUGACAUGGCGGGUGACCAAGGACAAGGCUGUGGAGGUCCAUGUGCUGCUGCUGGACGACCUGCUGCUGCUGCUCCAGCGCCAAGACGAGCGGCUGCUGCUCAAGUCACACAGCCGGACACUCACACCCACGCCCGAUGGCAAGACCAUGCUGCGGCCCGUGCUGCGUCUCACUUCCGCCAUGACCCGAGAGGUGGCCACUGAUCACAAAGCUUUUUACGUCAUCUUUACCUGGGACCAGGAGGCCCAGAUAUACGAGCUGGUAGCACAGACGGUGUCGGAGCGGAAGAACUGGUGCACCCUCAUCACUGAGACUGCUGGAUCCUUGAAAGUCCCUGCCCCUGCCUUCCGCCCUAAGCCCCGAGCCAGUCCAAGCAGCACCCGAGAACCCUUGCUCAGCAGCUCUGAGAAUGGCAGCAGUGGCCGAGAGGUGCCUCCAGCUGAUGCCCAGACUGAGAGAAUACUCAGCGACCUCCAGCCCUUCUGCAGACCAGGCCCUGAGGGCCAGCUCGCUGCUUCAGCCCUACAGAAAGUGCUGUCCCUGAAGCAGCUCCUGUUGCCCACGGAGGAAGACAGCGGGGCGGGGCCUCCCCAUGACGGGGAUGGGGUGCCAGGUGGUGGCCCCUUGGGCCCUGCGCAGACCCAGGAAAUUCAGGAGAACCUGCUCAGCCUGGAGGAGGCCAUAAAGCAGCUGGAGGAGUUAGAGGAGGAAGUCUGCCGCCUGCGGCCCCUCCUGGCUCAGCUGGGGGGGAACCUCGUCCCCCAGCCUGGCUGCACAUGAGGCACCUGCCCAGGCAGGCCUUUCGAAAGGAAGAGACGAACAGGGGAGAAGACGAGAGGGGACUGUCUGUCCCCACAGCUGUGACAGCAUCUCACACCCCAAGGGCCUGAGGAGAGGGAGCCGGGCUGCCAGGGGGACCACACCUAGAAGGGGCCCAGCCAUGGUCCCUGCCUCCUCUACCAGCCGUGCUCAACCUUCGCUCCCUCCUGCCUUCUGCUGGGGGACUCAGGGCUUCAUUCCAGGGGGUUCCACUGUGACCCCCACUUCCUUGGCCAUCUCAGUAUUGCCUGUGGAGGCCACCCCUCCAUCCCCUCCCCAAGUGCCUUUGCUGUUUUUAUACCCUGAAUUGGAGCUUUAUUUUUUAAUAUAUAUUAUCUAAGCAGA